UCCGGAGCGACGGAGUCCCGCAGCGCCGGAUCCACGGACACCCGGCCGGAGCGAUCGGGACGAACGUGACGACCGAUCGCGGGGCAUCGCGCCGUGUGCGAUCCACGCCUGAGCGCGCGACGCCUCCGAGGGCCGCGGGCGCGCGCCCACGCGCGCGCGGGUGGCCCUGGUCCGUGCCGCAGUGAGCGCGCGCUCCGCCCGGAGAGGGGGUGUGGACGGGGGAGGGUCUUCGCACACAUUGUGUGUGUGUGUGUGUGUGUGUGUGUGUGUCGCUCGUGUUGCAACACUGUAUCCCUCAGUGCGUCCCUGCGCGCGAUGAGCGGGCGCGACUGCGCGAAAUACAGUAAAAAUACAGUUAAACACGGUGAAACAGAGCGAGUCCCUGCAGAUCUGUGCAGUGAGGGUCCCGAAUCCCCCGAUCGGAUCCUGCGUCGGUAGGAAGAAGCUGUGCGCCUUGCUUUAAGGACCCCAGCGUGCGCUGACCGGUCAAACACGCAGACACACUGUUGUUCCGCAAUGGGCAGGUAUCUCUCUGGGGACCACCACCUCCCUUCUAGCAGCUGUAAUUUUAAAGUUUAGAUACCUACAGCCAGCUUUGUGACCCAUCGGAAUCCCCUCCUGACAUUCACAUCUAAGUUCGCUCCUCCUUGGCGAUGAUGUCAGUUUGCAUACCGUCUCCUCACAGCAGCUCUAGUACCGUGGAUGUGACCAAUCGCAACCUCCCUUUGCCAACCCCGCCCACCUCCCUCAGCCUGCGCUCCUCCCACAACCAGCUACUCAACUGUGAUGUCAUCAAGCAGGGCGUGGCUGAGGGGCGGGGUUCGGCCACACCCCCCAAGUGUCGCAAGAAGUAUGCCCUGACCAGCAUCCAGAGUGCCAUGGGGCUCGGCGAGGUUCCCUGUAUCGACUCUGCCCCCCAAUGUAUGAACCCGGGGUCCGCCCCCUCUUCCGCCAAUCUCAAGAUGGCCAAGAACGGGGCCAACCAGCUACGCAAGGCUGCGGAGCAGCAGGACUGCAACAAGAACAGCACCGGCAGCAGCCUCAGCGCAGGAGCGGAAUGCGGGGACAGGAGCAAUGUCACAUGCACCAAGUUGGAGGACAAGGAGAGCCAGGCCGUCCCAAGGAGGAGCAAGAGCUUCCUGGAGCACAGCUCCGAGGCUCCGGGGGACAAGGCGCGGCGCGCUAGCCAGUCCAAGGCGGACGACCCGACCCUAGUGCUGCUGGAGGGGGAAGAGGCGCGCCGCCCUCCCCCCACGCCCCCCAAGCUCCCCAGUCCGGAGUACGCGCCCUUGCUCUCGGCCGCCUCCUCGUCCUCCUCCUCCUCCAGCCCAGAGACCAAGAAGGACCGGCCCAGGACGGGGGCCAAGACGGACCGCGCCCUUAACCGCAUCCAGAGCCUGGCACCUAGUGACGAGGACUCGAGCUGGACCACGUUAUCCCAGGACAGCGCAUCGCCAGGAUCCCCAGAGGAAGCAGACAUCUGGAGCGAGCAGUCCUUCCAGACGGACCCAGAUCUGCCCCCAGGAUGGAAGAAGAUCACAGAUAUGGCUGGUAUCUACUACUGGCACAUCCCCACAGGUACCACCCAGUGGGAGCGGCCCAGCACCCGGGCAGGUGCCCCGUCCUCCCCACCUGGCUGCCUGCAGGAGGCUCACAAGGCUUCGCUGAGCUCCCCCACCCCGUCGCCUAUCCCCGAGAAGGAGCAGGCCUCCUCUCACCCGGGUGCGUUCUUCGCGGCCCCCCCGCGCUCCGGCAGUCCCGCCUCGGACAGCUCCGUGGAGCCCGUUCCCCUCUCCUCGUCCGAAACCUCGGUGCCCUCGUGCGGCUUUGUCAACAGCUGUUACUUCCCCCGAUCGACAUCAUCACACAUCACCGUGGAGCAGGAUCGUCACCCGGAUGUCCCUCUGGAGCACGAAGAAAAGAAACAGCCGUGGACUGAGUUUGCGGUGCUCAGUGGGGGAAAGAUUGAUAGUGAGAUUUGGAAGGACCUGCAGGCAGCCACAGUGAACCCUGACCCCAGUCUGAAGGAGUUUGAAGGAGCUACUUUGCGAUACGCCUCACUGAAGCUACGACACCCUCCUCAGGCUGACGAAGAGGACACACGCAGCAUCGACAGUGAUCCGGAAGCCAAGUGCUUCGCCGUGCGCUCCCUGGGCUGGGUGGAGAUGGCCGAGGAGGACCUGGCGCCGGGGAAGAGCAGCGUGGCUGUCAACAACUGCAUCCGCCAGCUGUCCUACUGCAAGAACGACAUCCGGGACACUGUGGGAAUCUGGGGAGAGGGCAAGGACAUGUACCUGAUCCUGGAGAACAACAUGCUGAACCUGGUGGACCCCCGAAACCGCAGCGUCCUCCACUCCCAGCCCAUCGCCAGCAUCCGCGUGUGGGGCGUGGGCCGCGACAACGGCAGAGAGAGGGACUUUGCCUACGUAGCCAGAGACAAAGACACACGGAUACUAAAAUGUCAUGUGUUCCGAUGUGACACCCCAGCAAAAGCCAUCGCCACCAGUCUCCACGAAAUCUGCUCCAAGAUUAUGGCCGAACGCAAAAAUGCCAAAGCUGUAGCAAGCGGCUCCAUGCAAGCGAGCUCUGAUGUUCCUCUGCAAGCAGAGUUCCCCACACCAAAGACGGAGCUGGUCCAGAGGUUCCAGGUGCUUUACCUGGGCACGAUGCCUGUGGCCCGGCCCAUCGGGAUGGACAUCCUAAAUGGUGCCAUUGACAGUCUCGUGUCCUCCUCGGGGAAGGAGGACUGGACGCCAGUCAUUCUGAACGUGGCUGAUGCCACCGUCACCAUCCUCAAAGAGAAGCAGGAGGAUGAGGAGGUGCUGGUGGAGUGUCGGGUGCGCUUCCUGUCCUUCAUGGGGGUGGGCCGUGACGUACAUAACUUUGCCUUCAUCAUGGACACGGGGAACCAGCACUUCGAAUGCCACGUGUUCUGGUGCGAGCCCAAUGCUGGCAGCGUGUCGGAGGCCGUGCAGGCAGCCUGCAUGCUGCGGUACCAGAAGUGUUUAGUGGCGCGGCCCCCCUCCCAGAAGGCGUGUUCGUCCUCCCCGCCCUCGGACUCUGUGACCCGCCGGGUGACCACCAGCGUGAAGAAGGGGGUUCUGUCCCUCAUUGACACUUUAAAACAGAAGAGGCCGGUGCCUGAACUUCCUCAAUAAGGAUGCAAAGAGGAAAAAAAAAUAUAUAUAGCAAAAUGAAAGUCAUAGGGAUACUGGUAACGAUGUACAUACAAAGCGUGCGUUACACUGCAGUCCAGCUGGGAAAAAUAAAACCUCAAAAAAGAAAACAAGAAGGAAUCUAAAGGUGACGGGAGCAGCAAUAGCGAGGAGGCGUGGUGGCACAGUGCGGCGUGCUGCCCGACCUUCGUUUCCAGUGUCCCACCUCCACCGCUUUCUCCUGGCCUAUGGGCCGCCUCUAGCAUGUGUGGCCACGCCCAGCCUCUUGUGGCCACGCCCACUCAUCGUAACGUGUCGAACCAAGGAAGUGCAUGAAAUGGUGUUGUACGUGGCUCUCAUUUAAAUGGAUCUCAUUGUAAUGACGUUGCUGCUUCGCCACAAGAAGGAGUAAGAGGCUCAUCCUCUUAUUUCGUUUUUUUGUGCGUCGUUUUAUUAUAAGUGUACAGCACAACUAACGCAACCUUCUCUUGAUCCACAUUGGUGUUUUUCGAAUCGUACGGCGUUCCGGCGCAGAGCACUUGCGUUUUACGUUUUUCACGUUGGCUAUGGUCGCCACCGAAUGGACUGAACAAAAGCCAUACCAGCAGGCGACUCCCCGGCUCGUCGGAAACCAUUUAUCUUUAUUUUGUCACUCGUCACCCCCCAAACCACCGCGUGUCCCUUCUUAUGAAAACCAGUUUGCGGGUGCUGGUUGUGGCGGUGGUGGGAGGCGGUUGUCCUGGGCUUUGCCGCAUCGUGGUUGACGGGUCUGGGCGCCAUUCUGGCCUCAAAGCACAAGACUUGUCCUUCGUCAGAGAGGCCAUGAGUAGGAGGACUGAAGGACACAGAGAUGCUCCCUUUGGGAAGGAUGGUGCCCCGCAGUUCUCCACAUCACCGAGGGAUGAACCCAUUUACUGAGCAUCAGCGGACUAACUAUGAGGGAUGGGAGCUUGAUGAAUGAACGAAUGAAUGAUUGUGAUUGUAUUUUUAUUUUGGAUUCUUUUUCAUGCCAUUGCAGCGGUCCGUGAACUUCGCGUUGACCGAGCAUCUGAUUAAAACCAGCGUCAGUCGUCACAGUGAAUAACGAAGUGUCGCGAACCUGAAGUCCGACUGGUGCCUCUCGGUUUCGGUCCUUUCUGACCAUCGCUGCACCUACAUUCUCCGCCGUGUCCUUGCACUCCUGUUCUUACUAUUCAACCAGCAGCGUUUUUCUUUUUUUCCUAUGAGGAUCUGAAAGAUGUGAUAUUGUUGUACUGUCAUUUGUAUAUAUAUAUAUAUAUAUAUCCGUAUAUGUUUUGCAUACAUGUUCACUUUAUAAAGCCAUUUUUAUUUUUUCUUCUCCUCCUUAAAAGCCUUGAAAGAUCAGUUUUGAACACUUUAUUCUUGCCAAAGUGUAAACUAUUAAUAUAUGUGUUGUAGGUAAACACGAAAAGCUGACAGAAGCGAUCACCCGUACCGUUUCAUUUUACUGUGGGUAGGCCGGUUAGUUGUGGUAAAACUAGAUGUUAACUAAUUGUGAUCUAUGCAUUCUUUCUAUCCGCCACUUCUCAAAGGCAUUGUUCGCAAUGUACGUCCCGGGACUAUUUAGACGUAUAGAUUUUUGAACUUAUUUAUUGGCUUUUGCAUUAAUUU